ACUCCACUUUAGGUACAGCUCCUGUGCAUUCUCCGGCUCUUCCUCCUCAGUGCAGUGCAUGCAGUCACAGUCUUGUUAUGCUCCAGCCCAUGCUCAAAGUGAACGCAGAGAGCGGGACGAUGACUGAAACGCACCAAGGAGGAAAGCAGGAAGAGAAAAGGAAUUAAAAAGGAGUGAAAAGGAGUAAGAGGGAGAACGUCCCUGCGUAAAAGAAGGUGGAAGGACAGUUUGAUUCAGUGAGAAUUUGGAUUAAACUGGGUGCUUCUCUGCUUCCAAGUUGCCAUUGCAGGUAAUGAGGAAUCACUUGCUACACUCCUGAAAUACCCCGGGACGCCACGCCUCGCUCGGUCCUACGACUCCUCACCGACCGCCGUUUUAACGUUGCUCAGUUCUCAAAAAAAACAAGGAGUUCAAAUCGGGGACCCGAACCUCACAAAUCGCCAAUGCUUACAAGGAACUGCCUGCUGCUGUUCCUGUGGAUUCUUGUCAACGAGGGUUCUGUCUUUUCUCUGCAUCAACCUUCAUCCCCACUGGGACGGAGCAGGAGUGGGAGGGAGCGCGGCAGGAGCUCGGUGGGCUCGUUGAGGAAUGGAGCGGCUGGCUUUCAGCGUGUCAAGAGGGGCUGGGUGUGGAACCAGUUCUUUGUCCUGGAGGAGUACAUGGGGUCAGACCCGCAAUACGUUGGCAAGCUCCACACUGACCUCGAUAAGGGGGACAGUUCGGUGAAGUACACCCUCUCGGGGGAAGGUGCUGGCUCCAUUUUCACAAUUGACCAAACUACGGGGGACAUCCAUGCCUUAAGGAGUCUUGACAGGGAGGAGAAGCCUUACUACACCCUGCGGGCCCAGGCUGUGGACAUUGACACCAAUAUCCCUCUGGAGCCGGAAUCUGAAUUUGUCAUCAAGGUCCAAGAUAUCAAUGACAAUGAACCAAAAUUCCUGGAGGGACCGUAUACAGCCAGUGUACCUGAGAUGUCACCAGUUGGGACCUACGUAACGCAAGUAACAGCCACAGAUGCAGAUGACCCAACCUAUGGAAACAGUGCAAGAGUUGUAUACAGCAUCCUUCAUGGUCAACCAUACUUUUCCGUUGACCCUAAAACAGGUAAGCUAAUUAACUUUCUUUCUACGUCUUGUGUCUGUCAUAAAUUUGAAUGACUAAAUCCAAAAAGU